GUGCCAAACAGUAUCUACGGAAUAGCGCUGCUGUCUCAUCUGCAUGUCAGAAGUUAUUGUUAGCUUAUAUGUAUACUGUUAGCGGAAGCUGGAGGAGACCAUGGAGGGCAGCAGCCGUGGGACUCUGAGUGACACUGAGAGCCUACUAGUUACAGAGAGGCUUGCCGUGUCCUGUGAUGCGCUGGUAUCACACGUCCAGCUUGCCUGCUGCUCCUCUCACUUUGCCUACCCAUGGCAGGGCACGGAAUUGCGAAUUCACAGCAACACAGACCCUGGUGUUAAGCCCUUGCAGCUUGUAGGUCAUCAUGGAAACAUAUCUGCUGUGGUCUUUGGAGAUGGACAAGACCCACUUAUUCUGUGUUCUGCCUCAGAUGAUUACAUCAUCAUAUGGGAUGUAAAGCGAUGUUACAGUCGAGCAAAGGAGGGUCUGGUUGCUCCAGGUACAGUCAUUGGCACACUAUUGGGGAAGGUGGUCUACCUCUCCCUGAGUCCUGAGAACAAGAGAGCAGCAGCCUGCACAGCAAACAAAAUAUACAUCUUGAACACCAAGAAAAUGGAGGUUCUCGGGGUGCUGGAGGGGCACCUGGGUGCUUUGACAGCAGCAGAAUUCUACUCCUGGGAUGGAAACUUCCUUGUGUCUGUCUCAGAAGAUAGGACAUUCAGGGUUUGGGAUGUGGCAGAGAAGCAGGCACUUCAUCAGUCUUCCGUGCUUUCAGCUUUUCCUUUGCUCAGUGUGUAUCUAUGCAAGAAAACCAAGCAGCUAAUCACGGGGUCCGCUGAUGGACAGGUGUGGUGCUUCUCUCUCCCGGGUGACCACAAAUGUCGCUUGGUGAGCAAACUGGACCUCCAGAAGGUGGUGCAGAGGAAUCGGCCAUAUGGAGAGGGAGGUACUGAGUGUUCAGGACCAGUAAGCAAGGAUGGUGUGGACAUAGAGACCACAAAGCCGGUCCUGAGAAUCGGGGCCUUCACACCGUCGCCUGACGAUGUUCGUGAACAGGACAGGGUCUCGUACAGAGCAGGGAACUGCGUUUGGAUAGGCAGCUCUGAUGGCCUGUACCUGAUCAACUUGGCAACGUCUGAACUGUGCUCAGCGCUGAAUCUGAAAGGCGCCCAAACAGUGAGCGUCUCAGCAGCUGGGUCGUGGGCCAUCUUCCAUGGAGACGAGAGCAGGGUUCUCUGCGUGGUGGCCUCGCUGUUCGAUCCCACCGUGGCUCUGUUGGAAGUUGGGGUCCCAGGGUCCCCCGUACACCUCCGGAGCUUCUGGGCCAGCUCUGGGGAACAGAGCUUGUCUGUGCUGCCCAGUGCCCGUCCAGUGCCGGAGUCUCCCUUAAACGCAGAGCUGCUCGGAAAGGAUGCUUGCAAGCCUCGCAGAAGGACAGAUUCCAGAGGUGGGGUGAAGAAUCAGGCCCUGGUCUUCCACUCCCAGAUAAAGUCAUCAGGAUAUGGGAUGGCUCCUCGGAUGGUCAUGUUCAGCCCCAAGACCAAUGUGCAGAAGAAGAGUCAUGGGUCUAAGAAGACCAGCCAAAGGAAAUUCCUUUUUGCUGAGUACCCAGCGGACACUGCUCCACCGAGCAUAUUGCACACUCACUUGAGUACAGGUGGGAGACCCACAGCCAUCCACAGUCUUCAAUAUUCAGGAGAUGGAAAGCAGGUCCUGUGUGGGCUUGGAGAUGGAUCAGCAUUGGUGUACAAAUCCUCUCUCACUGGCACCCCAGCUGUCUGCGCAGGCCAUGCUGGGGCAGUGAGCACCGUGGGAUGGAGUCACAGCCGGAAGUGGUUCCUGACCGCGGCCGAGGAUCACACCCUCCGGAUUUGGCCACUGGGGACUGGGGAACCUGCUCUCGUCAUGGCCAGAGACAGAUUUCCCAAGCCAGUCAGGUCUGCACAGUUCUUCUACCUGGACAAGUUCCUCCUCCUGGCUUCAGGCCCCACCUUGCAUCUAUACCUUUAUCACCUGGAUGUAGCCUGUGAUGACAUCAGAAGGUACCAGAAAAGGAAUCUGGUCAAAUUGGCAGCAAAGCUUGAGACGAGCUCCGGGACUGACAUAACCUGUGCUUCUGCUGUGAACGAGUUUUUCUCCUAUGUGGUGCUGGUGGGAGGCUGCGACCAUUCCGUGGAGGUAUUCGACUUGAACGUGGGCCGCCCCUCCGCCCGCAUACCUGCCUCCCACACCAGAGCCGUCCAUCAUGUAGCACAGAACAAGGGUUCGUCAUUCUGCGCACAGGGGUUUGACUUUUACAACCUCUUCCUCACCAGUGCUGUGACGGAUGGGAUGAAGCUGUGGGAUUUACGCAUUCUCAGGUGUGUCCGUAAGUUUGAAGGUUAUCAGAAUCGAUGCCAUCCCUGCACCUCCGCCUUCUCGCCCUGCGGACGCUACAUCGCCACAGGCUCCGAAGACAACUCUGCCUACCUCUAUGACAUCCGCAGCAGCAGCUACCUUAACAAGCUCCCACGGCACACAGACACGGUCCUAAACGUUGCCUUCAACCCCUGCAUCCCUGAGCUGCUGACGGGGACUCUGGACGGAAAGCUGCAGCUCUUCAGACCGGCUAACUGACCCGGCAGUGGAACCAUCCUCUACACUUACACAUCACCGAUCGAAGGGCUGCGCAGGAGGAAAAACUGAGGGAUUGUGGGAAGGCUGUAUAGGACCUGGCAGCUUUUCACACCGGAUAGAUCAUCUGAGAUCAUUCUGUAAAACACCCACGCUGCAAUAAAACACCCCUUUGUUUCGGGGAGGAAUGACCAGCAGGUUUUUGGAAGAGUUCAGGCCUUAAGUUUAUUCUUGGCUGCCAAUGACAGUUUUUUUUUUCUUUUUGCAUAUGGUUACGCAUUAUUAUAUGGUAUUAAAAACCACUCUGGUUCAAAGCUAAUACCCCCCCAAUUUCAUAUUGCUGCUUGACGUGCAUAGCCUAUUGCCGCUGCCCGUGGGCUCCUCCAUUAAUGUGGAGACCAUAUGACUCAGUACAGCUGAGCGCUGCUCCACAGAAGGUCCUUUUGGUGUUUUUAAUACAUACCAGCUUGUUUUAUAAAUGUACAUAUCUGUCUAUCUAUCCUUCUAUCUGUCUUCCUGUCUCCCUCUCCGUUCUGAUGACAGCUGUAUUUUGUUUCCUCAUUGUCUGGACGUCUCCAAAUCAAACAUUUUUUAACAGCUGGUGCUUCAUUUUCCCAGAGAGACUGGAAUUAGGUCACUGAAUGUUUGAAAAUGUGGGCCGAUGCUGUGUAGGGACCGUGGGACUUGGGAGACAGAGGCGGGUUUGAGCGUUUCUGGAUUGAGGGGAAGGAGCGUGGUGUCCACAAAUUAAUUUAACUGUCUGUUUUUUGUCAACAAGUAGGACCUAGAUAAUUCACCAGUUGAAUGUCUAAGAUUUUGCACGUUUCUGAAGUAGAAAUAUUAUCUGUAUUCUUUACACUAAUAUGAAGUGUCUUGCAUAUAUAACAAAACUAUGCUUAGGUUUUACAUUAUGUUAUAUAUAUUAUUUUAUUAUAUAAUCUGUUCUUUAUUCUAGAAUGCAGCACAAUCACCUUUUUCAUAUUUUGUAUCGACAUUGAGCUUUUUGUUUGAAGUCAUUUCGUGAAACAGCAUUAAUCAAAGUUCCAAUGAAAUAUUAUUGAUUAUAUUUACUCUUAAGAUUUACAUAAGAUUACUCCUAUGUGU